ACCAUAUGAUCAGAUUGAAUGAAGAUGAGCCAAUAACAGAAUUCCGCCACCUAUUUCAGCAAUUAAUGAAUACAGAGAUUCAACUCAACACUACUCCUCUCUUGUAUUUCUAUCAUCUGAGGUAGCUUCAACACAGUACUUGCAACUUCCGGUGGUGUUGAAUUGAUAUUCCGAUUCACAUCCGACCAUUGAGGAACUCCUGAAAAACCCAGAAACAUGGACCAGAGCCCACAGUCGAUUCAAGGCGAUGGAGUCAUCCGGGUGCAGAUUACCAACUACCCAUCAAGCUCCACCAUUUUCGAACCCCACGAGGAAUCUCCAACCCCAAGUGCAUGGCAACAGAAUUCCAGUUCCAUCUCGGCAGGCCAUGCCCCUGAGAAGAAGCUGACAUUGUUUGCUCUUCGUCUGGCGAUUCUUGAAAAAGCGGCCAGCGGUGUAGGAGCCUUAGGUUUCAUCUGGGCAACUGUUGUUCUGCUAGGCGGUUUUGCCAUUAAAAUAGACACCAUGGACUUCUGGUUCAUCACCACAAUACUUCUGAUCGAAGGCACCAGAAUUUUCAGCCGGAGUCGUGAGCUUGAAUGGCAGCACCAGUCUACAUGGCGGAUAGAAGAAGCUGGGAUAUAUAGUUUCAGGGCAUUGAAAUCCAGCUCCCACUUCCUUGUUCAAAUCGUGACUGCAAUUUUCCGGCCAGUCACUGUACUCCGGCCACAGAGCAACCAUGAUCGACGUGUGAAGGAGGGUACAGACACAGUAAGACCCAGCCAUCGGCUUCAAAAGAAAAUUUCAACCCGGAUAUGGGCAGCAUCAGAUGUCCCUUUGCUUCCAUACGCAGGAUGGGUUUUUCUGUCACGAAACAUUGGUAAGUUGCUCUAUUGGCUUCAGCUUUUAUCGGCCACAGCCUGCGUGACACUCUCCCUUGUAAGGCUUAUUCAGCAGGAUUAUGGAGACUUCAGUAAUGACCCUGACAAGAAGAACCAGAAAUCUGCUCUCAAUAUUUUCUAUGGGUUGGCGUUGGCUGAAGCUCUGUUGUUUCUGACGGAGAAAGCUUACUGGGAGUGGAAGGUCAUCUACUGUAAGAUCUUGGAGGAGGUGAGCACGGAGUGUCGCUUAGGAUAUUCCGGCAUGGUUUCGAUCAAAAGGUUCUUCUAUGAUGCCUAUUCGAAAUGUAUUAAUGGCAGCAUCUUUGAUGGCUUGAAAAUGGACCUGGUUUCUUUUGCCAUGGAGCUCUUAUCCUCUGGUUCCUCUGAUGAGCAGCUGAUUGGAGCUAGGAUUCUUCAAAAGUUCUCAACCAAUCCAGAGUUUUCCAAAGACACACUGCAAAAAAUUGGUAUAUCUAUAUCGGUAAUUGAGAGACUGGUGGAGAUGUUGAACUGGAAGGAUCCACAGGAAGAAGAGACCAGGCGAGCUGCAGCAGAGAUAUUGUCAGAAUUAGCAGGGCAAAAGCAAAAUUCCCUCCGGGUUGCUGGAAUUCCUGGUGUUAUGGAGUCAAUAUCAUCACUGCUCUACACUGGUCGGAGUUCCAAUGGUGCAGCCGAUGAAAUCUGCCAGAGACAUGUAGUCUUGGACCAUGAACACUAUGAGUUUUCAGCCUUCAGUCACUUUGGUCUUCGUAUUCUGAAGAAGCUUGCUCGAGACCAUGAUAACUGUGGGAAGAUAGGGAGCACAAGAGGUCUCCUAUCAAAAAUUAUUGAGUUCACACAUGUUGAUGAGAGAUGGCUGAGGGAUGAACAUGUACCGGAUUCUCAAAUCAGGACAGUGAAGCUUUCCCUACAAGUGGUGAAGAGGCUUGCAAUUACCACAGGAAGCACAGGAAAGCUUCUCCGGCGAGAGAUCUCGGAGAUUGUUUUCACAGUUAGCAACAUCAGAGACAUUCUACAGUAUGGUGAGAAGCAGUCAGAGCUGCAAAAGUUGGGGAUAGAAAUAUUAACUAGUUUGGCCUUUGAGGAGGAUGCAACAGAGAGGAUUGGAAGCACAGGUGGAAUCAUUAAAGAACUACUACAUAUCUUCUUCAAGCAACAAAUUCCUACUGGAAAAAGACAGAAGGAUGUGAGGGUUGCAGCCGGAGAAGCGGUCGCAAUGCUGGCAUUGGAGAGCAAGAGAAACUGUCAUCGGAUAUUGAAAUUGGGGGUACUACAUAAGCUUGUUCUGGCACUGGGGGAACCGGUACUUUGCAUACAUUCAGCAAGAAUUUUGAGGAACCUAUGUGCCUACAGUGAACCAGGUUGCUUUCUCCAUUUGAAGGGAGUCGCUGCUGCUGCACCCACUGUUCUCAAGGCAAUACAGUCAUCAGACAAAAAAAUACAGGAAGUAAUGAUUGGACUUGCAGCAGAGGUUUUCAGAUUCAUGGAUUCUCAAGAAGCAGAUACAGUGUUUGAUCAAACGAGUAUCAGAAAGAGCGAUUUAGCGCAGGAGCUUGUACAGAUUCUGCAAUGUUACCAGUAUCCCCAUAUCAGAGUUCCGCGAAUGAGGAGGUUUGUCAUUGAGUUGGCAAUUUGGAUGAUGAGAGACAGAGAAGAAAGCACUCGCAUGUUCAAGCAACUUGGAUUGGAAAAGGAGCUUGAGAAUGUCAUAGAGACAACAGCAGAGAUUGAGAACUUCAAUAUUUUCUCAGGGACUGUUGGCAUUAGCCGACACAGCAAGACGAUCCACUCACUUGUUGAUACUGCACUAGAGUUGCUGGCUGCUGUAUAGAAACUGGGUAUAGAUUAAGUUUGUUGUUGUAGUAUUCUCAAUGAUUUUUUUGAUUGAUGAUGGAUAUACUUUUAUUAUGUAAAUAAGUGCCAAGCAUCCCAAGAUAUUGGCUAGCAUUUGCUACCCAUCCCAUUCCUCUCUCUCAAUGCAGAUAUUUUCGACAAUAUCUGUUGUGUUUGUGCCUUGAAUUCUUUGGUUGCAACCCAUUUCAUGACCCAUUAUGCAAAAUUUCAUAAUGGUUUGUGGUGAAUUCUUUGUUUAAAUUCCUAAGGCAUAUUCAGCUUAUGGGUCCAACCUGAAUAUGACAUGUUAUGUAGUUUAACGGCUUUCUCUUUUAUGUAUCUUUUGCUUUUGAGAGUUGAAUUGGAGAGAAUUUGGGUGUAUUGGGGUUUAGGGUUUCUGUGAGAGAGGUGGUGCACAAUUCUGUAAUCUCUAUUGUUGAUUUCUAUACUGGAUUUCUGCUCUUCCUUUGCCCGUGGACGUAGGCUAUAAGCUGAACCACGCAACUCUAUGUUACUUUGUUUCUUUCUUCUCUUUA